AGUACAGUGUUUUGUGUCUCUAUCAGAAACAUCAUGUUAGUAUAGCCGUAACCCCUCUUUCUCUCUCUCUCUCUAUUUCUCAACCUCUGUCUCUCACUGUCACUGUCUCUCUAUCUGUCUGUCUCUCUCACACCUCCACAUUUCUUCCAUGCCUUUUAUCAGCCUGUGGGUUUUUCACAAUUCUCAGACUGACACAGAGAAGCAGUGAGGAAGUAAGAACUCAGAAGUUGUUCGUCUUUGAUGGCAGCGGUGUUUUCUAGACGGUAAAGUUUUGGGCAUGGAAGGCUGCCGUGACUGGGUGGAGUGUGUUCAAUUUGGGUUCUACAUUCCCAUCCUCGCAGCUGGUUUUCCUUUAAACAUGGCCGCCUUGUGGCAGCUGUUCUUCCGCGUUCGUCGCUGGAACGAAUCUACUAUUUACCUCCUGAACCUUGUCGUUAAUGACUGCCUGCUCCUGCUUGCACUGCCGUUUAAAAUCAUGGCUUACCACCGGCCAUGGAACCUUGGACGCUUUUCCUGUUCACUGUUUGAGAGUUUUGUCUACGUCAACAUGUACGGCAGCAUCCUGCUGAGCGUGUGCAUCUCUGUGGAUCGCUAUGUCGCUCUGCACUUUCCCUUCCGUCGCCUGCAAUCCAAACGGAAGGCUGUGUUUAUCUGCACAGUUGUGUGGGCAUUAUUGUUUGGGUUUAGCUACCCGGUUUACGAUUUACACAGGGACAGCAGUAACGUGUCAUUCUGCUUCCAGAACUUUUCCAACCGCACAUGGACGAAACAGUGGAUUGUAGUGUGUGUGGAGUGUGUGUUUUGGGGCAGCACUCUCAUCAUGGUGCUCUGCUCGGGGCACGUUGUUAAAAUCCUGCAUGAUUUACGUAAACGAAACCCCAAUGAUGCUAAACUACGAAACAACAAGAGUGUAAAGAUCGUGCUCAGCAACCUGGUGGUGUUCCUCUUAUGCUUCAUUCCGUAUCACAUCGCUGUGCUUCUUUAUUUCUAUGUUAAACAGAACAACAUAUCAGAUGUUGGUGAACUGCGUAAAUUUGUCCACCUAAGUCUGUGUGUGAGCAGCGUGAACUGCCUCGCAGAUGCAGUCUGUUAUUAUUUCAUACUGAAAGAAAACCUGCAGAUUGCCCAGCAAGACGCCAGAGCCAACACACUCACACAGCACACACACUUAUCCACAGCAUACACAGUAACACACACACUUAUCCACAGCAUACACAGUAACACACACACUUAUCCACAGCAUACAAACAGUAACACACACUAAGAGGAAAAUAAUGUUAAAUAAAACAUGUAUCUGUGCAGAAUUACAGUGUUUACAUAUGGACACAUGGAUUUAUUCUACUGCCACACCAGGAGUUUUCAGUGUGAUGGUUUUUGUGGUUUGGUAGCUGGAUGUGGCCACAUACACUAACUGAUAUUAACAAACAAAACAUUUAAAUAUAUUACUCUUUUAAUUAUGAGCACACACCAAAAAACACAGUGACAACAACGGGUGGUUUAUUUAAUUCAGACAUAACACUGAUUGUGUUUUGAUUCAGAAUCUGUGCAGUAGAAUCACACUGAACUUGCAUAUUGGUGUGCGCGUCUUAUUGCGUAGAUCAGUGUAAGCUUGGGGUCAUUAUAACAUUGCAAAGAUUUUAUAACUUUGGGAGCUCCAGGGUCAAGCCUGAGCUCGGGUUACUUUCUGUGUGGAGUUUUCCAUGUUCUCCAUGUUUCCAUGUGGGUUUCCUCCAUGUUCUCCAGUUUCCUCCCACCUACCAAACACAUGCCAUCAUGUAGGUCAGUGACUCUAAAUUGCCAUUAGGUGUAUAUGUGUGUGUGUGUGUGUGUGUGUGUGUGUGUGUGUGUGUGUGUGUGCGCGUUCCCGGGAAUGGCUAGGAAUCCAGUGAGAGCCUGACCAAGAUAAAGUACUUACUGAAAGUGAAUUUAUGAAUGCUCCUAUGAGGGCCAAAACUUUUGCACUCAUGAGUUGGUGUGUGAACAGUUAGCUGUUCCCAGCUAGAAAUAAACAGACAGACAGACAUGCAUUGCAGUCAACAUUUCCAAACACACACACACACACAUCGUCUGUCACACAGCAGUGCAGCUGCAGCUCUUCUGCUUUUACUGAAUAAAAACUGCUGGUAAGCCA